AUGUUCAAUAAAAUAUAUGUAAAUUACUCCGACGGUUUCAAAUCUUCGUUUUUAGCACCUACCUACGGGGUACAAGUGGAUAAAGUCAGUUUUAACUACCCUGGUGCAGCUACUGCGUAUAUAAAUAAAGUAAUCGGCCAGAUGACUUUAAAGCGUCUUACUGAUGUUUUAAUAAAGGGCGACAUCACAACGGACACGACUAUGUUGCUUGUCAAUGGAGCCUAUCUUAAAGCAACAUGGGAAGAUCCGUUCGAUGUUCAUCUUACUAAAUACACGAAAUUUAUCAAGUAUGACGGUACAACUGUUAUGAUACCAAUAAUGCAUAAGAAGGAACAUAUGUUAUUUGUACAUGAUGAUUUGAAUAAAGUGAAGGUGGUGAGUUUGAAACUUGCAAGCUAUGGGGCGUAUUUUACUAUCGUGAUACCAGAAGACAAGAGAAGUUUCGAUGACUUUCUCAAAAACUUGAGAGCUCCCAAUUUCCUCAAAACAGUAAAAAAAAGAAUGCGACAAGAAUAUAUACAUGUUGCGAUUCCAAGAUUUAAAAUAAAAACUCUAGUGGACUGGACUGAAUCCCUAAAAAUGUUCGGCCUGUCAACAUUAUUUGAGACAAAUAAUGCGGGACUAGAUGGCAUUUUAAAAGAUAACAUCUUAAAAAAACACGUACAUUUAAGUAAAGUUAAGCAAAAAAACUUUAUUGAUUUUAAUGAAAUGGGCGCUUUUCGGGUUGUCACACCAGCAGGUUUUGAGAAUUUCGCUAGAGCUGCCUUAAUAAAUAAGAUACCUCCAAGACUGGAAGCAAUGGCCGAUAGACCGUUUUACUUCGAAAUCGGACUGCAGUACGACAUGUCUGACUUUACGAAAACUGAAGAUUUAUUCGCUGGAAUCUACUGUGGACCGGAAGCUUGA